GCCGUUAGCGGAGCGAUCGCGCUUCUCGCUUUCCGCUCCCGCCUCAGCCGGAGCGGGGGAGGCAGCGGGGGUGUCUCCGUCCUUCCCGCUCUCGCCCGCCCUUUGUAACGGCCGUAACGGCUCCUCACGGCGGGAGGGGAUAAGACGAUGGCGGGGGGUAGAGCCAUUCGGCCUGACGGGGCUUACCGGGCAGAGGUGAGGCUGCCCGGACGGGGCUGCGGAGCUGAGGGGCUCCGCUCCUGUGAGGGGAGGAUCCGCUUUGCGAGGGCCUGUUGGGCUCACUUGGAAGGAAGGCGAACCCCUGGUAGAGCAGAACCGUCUAAAUAAAGGAAUUAUUUCCUAAAGUGCAAGGCUUACAGGGCUAAUUUUCCGCUUGCCCGUUACAUGCGCUGUGAGAGAUCUCGGGAGAUAAAGAACCGGGAGCGGUGCUGACGCAUCAAAAAUGAGAAAACGUUCUACGCGGAGAGGUGAAAUAAGCGAGUAUGUGAACCUGAAAUCCCGAUAGGGCAUUUCCUGGAAGCUUCUGCAUGAAGGAGACGGUUCCCAUCCUGGAUUCUGUCCCUCACAGCAAUUGCACGAUCGAGGAAAAGACUACAAUUCCCAUAGUACUUCCACAUACUGGUACUCCAGUGACAUCAGACCUUACAUGGCUGAGACUGGUUGUAAAGCGACAAGAGCAAAAAUGUAAGCUCCGUGUUUCUUUCACUUCUGGAGCGGGGCCUUUGGCAGCGCCAAGUCUGUGCUUCCAGGGGAGGAUUUCAGUCGCUGCGGAGGUGUUGGAAUGGGCGAGGAAAACAUGAGGUGACUUUUAAGGGCGAGCAAUUUGUGCUGUUUCUCGCGCUGUUGGUGCAGCUCACUCUGUCUAGGCAGAGCUGCGUGAAGUAAUUGUUUGAUGCCAGCAAGUUUGUCUCCCGGAUCCGUCUCCAUGCCCACAGCCCGAUAUCUGCUUGCUGCUUUUUUGCUGGUUUUGUCCUGCAGCUUCACUGGGUGGAGGAGAGACGCCGUCCAUAGCCUGGCAACAGUUUCCGUGUGCGUGUAGUAACGGAGGCCAAAUCCGUCCUUAACGAUCUAAAUUCCGGCUUGCACAGCAAUGCUGGGUGCUUCAGAGAAGAGAACUCGUGUACUGAUGACAAGGACAUGGUCAAACAAAGUGCCCCCCCUGGUUAUUACAAGUCACAGCUGCCAGGUAUCCAGAGUUCAGCACUUUAUGGUCUCAGAGUAAACAGCAAGAAGCAAAAAAUGGACACUCAAUUAUUUUCCCCAUUAUUAGGAGCGAUUACCAGUUCGUCACCUCCACUGGAAUCUUCUCAUCUUUACACCGACUGGUCAGCGUGUGGGGAAGAUAUUAGCUCAAAAACUGCUGUUCAAGACCGCACAAAGAAACGGGCACCAAUAAAUCUACCUUAUUCUGGCAAUGGUCCUGAUAUGUUUGGGCUGGUGUCGAGCAUUUUAGAGGAGCCAAGCAAGCCAGAAUCGGUUACAGAUUGGAAUUCUCUUUCCAGGUUGUUUCCACCUCUGUGGAUCCCUGACCUUGGAAGCAAUGGUCCAUUCUCAGGGCUCUCAUCAAAGCACUCUGUUGAAAAUCAGGAUUUUUCAAACCUGUUGGACUCACAGAACCACUGUCAGGAACCCUCGCAAAAGCCUCGAGACAUGGAGAUGUUACACAGAAAUCUGGAAGAUCUUAAUUUCCUAGAGUCUUGGCUUUCUCCAUCUGGCCCUUGCGUUCAGCCUGAUAAUAAUCUGCAGAACAGUUCCCCUUUGCAAAACAAUACUACAAUUCACCAAGAAGGGUUUUCUUUUCAAAAUAUAGACUAUAAUCAGCAUUUGUGCAGUUAUGACCAUGUGAGGUUCAAUGGAGACUAUGAUGGCUCCAAUCGUAGCACUUUCUUGUCUCAGAACAGAAUGAAAGGAGGCGCUGGCGUUCAGGAAGAGCGUUGGAAAAAUGUCAGAGCGAGAGGCAAAAUUGUCAACAAUGAUACUCAAGAACGAGCUAAAUAUUCCCCUGAUCUUUCCAAUCAGCCUGUUGAUGGCUCUUGGGAUAAAGUGUCCCAGGACAACCGCUUGUUUUCCAAGAAAUAUGAACACUUCACGACUGCUCAUAAAUUACAGUCAUCUGUUCAUCCAUCACUGCAUUUUUUCAAUCAGCUCCCUAAAGGAAAUAAUUGUUGUGGAGGGACCAACAGAAAACCACAGGAAACCCAUGUGCAAAACGGUUGUCAUCCCUUGGGGGAUGUUUUUAAUAACAAUGAAUGCAGGAUCCAUAUUAAAGAAUGCUCUCAUAAAGUUUCUGAACAUGGUUUAUCUGUAAAAAACAUUGUGCAAAAUGGGAGUUAUUCAUCGUACCAUGGAUGCACGUUGUUGGAUGGGGAAACUGCAAGUCCGAGAGCUACACUGGAUAUCACGUAUGGAAAGCAAGUGGUGACAAGUCCUCUGUUGUCCUCAGAGGUGUCAGCUACAUCUGAGGGUUCCCCCACCCAUCGGUCUAUAGCACAGUCCUCCUACUACUCGCAGAUCUUAUCAAGGAAAGAUGGAAAGUUACAAAUAUCCAACGGUCUUUCUAAUAAUUUGCGAGUUUCUAACUUCAUCUCGGAAAAUCAGAAGCAAAUGAAACACAUCGGGCCAUCGCAGCAGGAUUCGUUGACUAAUAAGGAUGGCCAAUACCAUAAAUUCCCUCUUAAUUUUUCAUCUGACUGGUUGCUGCAGCAGAAUGCUGGAAGUGAGAACCCUGAUAAGUACCACAGGUUUCCAAAAAAGCAGACCCAAGAAAACAGUAAUAAAGAUGAUAGAAAAGGCAGGAAGAAUUGGAUUCCUCAUUUUGGGUAUUCAACCCCAAACCAUCAGCAGCUCAAUGUGUUUGGAAAAAACCACAAACAGAGCAGUGGUAGCAUGUCAAAUUUCAUCAAUCCUUCUUUUCUUCCUUCUUUCCCAUUAAUGGCUGAUUUUAAGCAAAAUCCCAGUUUUCCCCCAUUUAACCACCAUCUGUUUUCAUCAGCAAAUAAUUUCGGUUUUGCUCCGUCACCGUUUCCAUUCUCGGAACUUGUUGAUCUUUUCCAUUAUGAUGAUUUCAACCACUUGAAUCCCUUCAUCAGCAAUUUAUUUUGUGGGGAAGUAGCUGCACCGUACUUGGCCUUUCCAACAGCAUUUAACAAGUACAGACCUGCCAGAAAUCGCAGUGGACCCGCUAACGAGCUUCAUCUGCGACUGGAGGAGUGUUGUGAGCAGUGGAGAGCUCUGGAGAAAGAGAGAAACAAGACUGAGGCUGACCUUGCAAGAAACUUCCCAGGAAAGCGCAUAUCCAGUUCAAACAACAACCCCGUGUCCCGACUCCCUGCCAACCCAUCACGCGUCGAUCGCUUGAUUGUCGACCAGCUACGAGAACAAGCCAGGGUGGUCACGUUAAUAGGGAAAAUGGAAAGGCUUCGUGGUUCACCUGUACAUGGUAACAUCUCCACUGCGCUGGAACGCCAUCUGGAAACCAUUCACGUCGCACAGGCGAGGCGUAAGGAUGAGAUUAUUAAUGCUGCUAAUCCACAGAGACAAGGAGCACCACAGUACAAUAAUGAGAAAGACGUUCUCGCUCUGGCCGCUGCCAUUAGAGAGCUGGCGGCUUCCACUCGCAGGGCUCGUACGGCUUUAUGGUGCGCGUUGCAGCUGACUCUGCCAAAAACCUCUUUGAGCCGGCCGGUAAAACGUGAAGUGGUUGAAAGGGCUUUGCAAGAGCUUUGUCCUCCUAACACAAGCACACAAGAAAAAAGCAGCGUGGAGCACAGACACAAAGGAAGCAAAAAAGAAAAGCUGCGGAGCCCAUGAGGAUUCUGGAAUGAUAAUAGCAAAUAAUAAUGAUUUAAUAAUAACAGAAGGGAGGCGGGAAGCUGAGGAAGGACCAAGAGUCCUGCAAAGUGCCGUGGAAGGUGUUUUUGAUGGGUUAUCAAAAAGCAAAAGGGUUGAUAUAACUGAUCAGUGCUGCAAUUCUGUUCCUGUGAUUCUGCUGUUGAGAGGCACGUCUUGUGCUAGUGUUAAUGCAAUUUUACUAUUACUGGUAUUGCAGUGUCUGCUACAUAAGAGUUUUAUUAUUGAGGCGAACUAAACAAUAGUUGAACAUUUCCUUGUGUGCUUCUCCAAAGUUACAUAUCAGCUGUGAGUCAAGCCAUGACCUGAGGAACCAGAUGUGGCUGAACUUGAUUAUCCUUUUAUCCUUAAUUUAGCAUACUUAAAAAAAAUCAAUAUGAAAGCUAUUCCAUAAUUAUUCAGGGUUUUUUUGCACUGUUAUGUAAUUCGUUUAAGUGCCAAAGUGAUCAAUAAGUGGUUUGCAUCCCAUGACUCCGUGCGGAGCGAUCCACACUCCUGUUGCUUUUGCGAUGGGGAGUUGAGUUGUUCAGGUUAUCACUGAUGGUUUGAUAAGAAUAAUCAGUGUUUAAUGUGGGUUUAGUGAGAUGCUUCAGCAGGUGUGCUGCUAAUUUGGCUUCCAGCUAAACCAACGUAAACCAGGCUUUUCUAUAGCAUAAUCCAUUGAAAAUGUUUAGAUUUGCAGUAAGUGGUAGCAGGUGAUACAAAAUUGUCACUCAGGAUUAGAAAUUAGAUUUAUUGAUUCCUCAGUGAGUUAAAAACCAGUAACUAUAUAACAUAAUAUGCACUUAAUUAAAAAAUAGUUUGUUAUUAAUGUGAAUUCACGGUACGAUAAUUUUCAGAAGCAUUCCGUAUUUAUUUUAAUGUGCUUAUUGAAUGUUUUUUUUAAAUUCUAUUUUACUAAUGCAAAGCUGGAUAUUUUGCCAAAUCUUCUGAAUAAUCAGAUUUAACAAUUUACUCAGGAAAUAUGUAUAUGAUUAUAUAAAUACAGACAUGGUAUAUGGGGAUUUUAUUUUGGGGGGGAAGACAUGUUUGCAAAUUAUGUACUAGGUUACCAAAGCUGUUUAACUGAUUCAUUUUUUGCAUGGAAUAUUGAAUAUAUUUAAUUGCUGUUAACUUGUCUCCAUUCUGUGGCUGAGACAAUCACAAGUGUUACGUAUUGCUGUGAAUGUUCGAGGUGAGGAUUAGAAAAGAAUGAGUCGUUCACGUGUUGUUCUUAGGGCACUUAGAAAUAUUCUAAUGCUUUAAUAACUGUCUACUAAAAACAAUUAAGGUUUGUAGUUAUCAGCAAAUUAAUGAAUGGCCUUAGAGCUUAGUUCUUAUUUUAAAAGCGAAUUAUGUUGGGGAUAUGAGCAACGUUGGAAAGACAACAAUGAAGAUUUUUACGUUCCGUUGUGGUCGAUGUUGAACUUGACGUUUUGUGGAUAAGAAUAUAAUUGUUUCCCUAUAGAUAUAUGUACUUGCAGAAUGUUCCAGAUGCAGUUCUGUAGUUUGGGAUCUGCUAACUCCAAUGAGCCAGUACAUAUUUGCCUUUGUAGGCAAAAGUUGCACAAGCCUCUGUAAUCCACUGAUUAAGGUUAAAAAGCAAGAGUUAAUGGAAAUCAGAAUCUUAGCAUAGUAAGGUAAUUUAUUUUCCUAAAGAAAGUGAAUUCAACUUAGAAUACUUUCAGCCUUAGCCUAAAAAUACAGGUAGUGGAGAGAUUUGUUUUAGUGUGAGUGUUUUCUCCGUGUGCACGUGUGAUUUAUUUGCACAAACUAAUUUAAGAAAGUUAAAGUAGCGUUUGUGAAACUAAUCGACUAUACUCCAUGGCUCUAAAAAGCCGAGUGUGCAGUAUUUCAGUUAAUGAAUAAUUUUGCUUUUCAGCAAUGAUUUGAAUUUCUGUUUACGGAUCAAUUGUAGUCACAGAAUCCCAGAAUGUCAGGGGUUGGAAGGGCCCUGGAAAGCUCAUCCAGUGCAAUCCCCCCAUGGAGCAGGAACACCCAGAUGAGGUUACACAGGAAGGUGUCCAGGCGGGUUGGAAUGUCUGCACAGAAGGAGACUCCACAACCUCCCUGGGCAGCCUGGGCCAGGCUCUGCCACCCUCACCAGGAAGAAGUUUCUUCUCAAAUUUAAGUGGAACCUUUUGUGUUCCAGUUUGAACCCGUUGCCCCUUGUCCUAUCAUUGUUUGCCACCGAGAAGAGCCUGGCUCCAUCCUCAUGGUACUCACCUUUUAUAUACUUAUAGACAUUAAUAAGGUCCCCCAUUAGUCUCCUCUUGUCCAGCUCCAGAGCCCCAGCUCCCUCAGCCUUUCCUCACACGGGAGAUGCUCCACUCCCUUCAGCAUCUUGGUGGCUGCGCUGGACUCUCUCCAGCAGUUCCCUGUCCUGCUGGAACUGAGGGGCCACAGCUGGACACAAUAUUCCAGGUGUGGUCUCCCCAGGGCAGAGCAGAGGGGCAGGAGAACCUCUCUGACCUACUGACCACCCCCUUCUAACCCACCCCAGGUACCAUUGGCCUUCCUGGCCACAAGGGCCCAGUGCUGGCUCAUGGUCACCCUGCUGUACCCAGGACCCCCAGGUCCCAAUCUCAUGGGAUUGUUUUGUAGUGGUGAAUGUAUAGGGCGUAUUAGGUCCUUAUUGUAUUGCUCGUGUGUUAAUUAUUAUUGUGAAGGAAUGUGGUCUUAAUCAGUUCAGAAUAUAGUAAAUGUGCCUUUAAUGGUCUGAUUUUCAAACACAGUAAACAGCUGUGUGCUCACUUUUGUUUUCAAUCGCACUUUAAAAAUGCGUUUUCAGAGGGUUACGGUGUGGCUGCGUUUGGCAUAGCUCAUAAUUAAUAUUAAUUUUGUUCCUGUAUAUUGAUAGACCGCCAGUUGUGGGCUCUUUAACAAGCUCCACAGCUGUGGAGAGUCCCCACACGUCAGAGCUGGUGGGAUCAGAUUUACCUUCUCAUGCCCUGCGCUCGUAUUUCAUUUGCCUUGCUCUGUUUGCUUCCUAAAAACCCUGCGUCUUCACAUCAAAAUUAUUUAGUGCCCAUUUCCUUAAAUUACUUGAUUUACAGCUUCAGAUUUAUAAAGACACAAGUCAUUUCAAAAUGCUUGAGUGCCAUUGCUUUAUUACACAACCUUUUAUAUUUCAGGGGAUUAAAAAACUCACUGUAUUUCAUAAAAACAACCACCUGGAAUUGCAGCAGCUCCGUCAUAAAAUAUAUUUAGCUGCUUCAUGUUUAAUUUGACAACAAUGUGCAAGUUAUGUAAGUAUCGCACUGAAAUUUUGGUAUGAAGAAGUCUAAAGUAUAAUGCUGCUGGUUUUAGAGACUUGUAUUCACAUUGUACUGACUUGAAUGGAAGCUGAGUUAUGGUACGAGGUCACACAUAAGCCAGGGAGGUGGUUUUGGUUUGGAGUUGGGUUUCAAUUGUGGAGCAAUGAGGUGAAAAUUGAGUUUAUUCCCUCCUUGUCCUCUCCUCCACCCCCAGCUUUACUGACACUUCGUUGUUCUCUUCUAGUGAUACUAGAUUGCUCCAGUUUAAGACAAUGGGUUAUUUCAAGAGUCCCUCCUCAAGUCAAGAUUAUUAUUAGGCUCUAUGUUUUAAUAGUCGGUAAUUGAUCUUUAAUGCCGUAAAAUCCCAAAUUGAUAGUCCAACACAACACAUUUAAGAAUUGCAAUUAUUUCUAUAUUCUGUGUAAGUAACUGGAAGCUUCUGGUGGUUCAACCUUCUUGAUUCCCAGAACUGAAACCAACCUCAGAGUAAGAACUUGAUUUUUUUUUUCUGGAUAUAGGUUUGGAAUCUCUGCUUUUCUUCUAUAUCCACAGGGUCUCUCUGACAGUUAAGUUAGUCUGAUGGUGUCUAUAUAAGCUAAAACUAAUAAAUUGGUAUUAGUUUGUCAAUGUUUUCAUUAGAACAGCAUCCAGGGAGAUGAUUUAUGUUCGUGGUUCUUGUCUCGCUGUGGCCUUUUCCGGAGCAUGUGUAAGGUUGUUAGUCCCCAAACUGCUGCUGUUGGUUUGGUUGGUGUGUUGUGAUUUUUUAUUUGUUUAUUUGCUUUGUUUUUUCUUUCCAGACUGAAUAUCCUUCUUUACUUUUGCUAUUUACUAAUGCUGCUACUCCUUUUGUACCGAGUAUGUAUAAUUUGGAAGUGAUUUGCCUUACGGAUUGGAAACUGAUGCUCUAGUCUUCAUAAUAAGUUUCUUAUAGUAAGUGUCUUAUAA